AACGGUUUAAGUCCGCCGGACAAUUGUGGCAAAUUAGAUGAGCUGAGCAGAGUGCUGCAGAGUCUGGCCGAGUGGAUCAGUCACCGAUCAAACGAGAUUCGCACAGCAACGCCACCAGCAGCAGAAAAAUAUAGCGAUAGUGAUAGUGAUCUCCGCCAGCAACAUAUCCCAUUAUCCGGAGAGUCAUGCAGGUUAAGUGCUUGAUCGUCUGCCUCGCUUUGGGGCUAUUAAUGCUGGCCACGCCCAUUUGCGAGGCGCGCCGAGGGCGUGGUCGUGGACGAACCAAGUCCAGGGUGCAGAUCGGACUGCCAAUUACCGGAAAAUAUCGCGAUCCGGAGUCCGAUCAGUACUACAACAACAAUAAUGGCGCCAAAAUCCUUCAAGCCUCCCACUUUGAUCUUGAGUACGUUCUGGGCCACAAGAUCGCCUUCUUGUGCGUGGCCAAGGGCAAUCCCCGACCGCAUAUCACCUGGUACAAGGACGGGGCGGAGAUCUACCAGCACCUCUAUAUGCACGUCCACGAAUGGCGCAUCGGCGACGACAAGGUCAAGUCGAAGAUCGAGAUUGACCCUGCUACGCAGAUGGACGCUGGACUUUAUGAGUGCACCGCCGACAACAUGUACUCCAUCGAUCGGCGCAGUUUUAAGACGGAUUUCUCCAUUGCCUUCGACUGAUCACCGCAACCCAUUAUCACUUGUAUUAUUUCAAUUUUGUUGCACUUGGCAAAACAUAACAAAUAAAUUUAAAGUGAAUCUUAAGCAUUUUUUUGUGGAAUCUGUCAGUCUCACAUGAAGUUAGUCUAAAGAAAUAUAUACAGCAUACAUUUAUGUGAAAAUCCUAUGUACAGAAAGUAUUGUUGGAAAAAUGAAAUAAAUUAC